CACGAAGCUCUGAAAGCAGGAAGUCGUAAACCUUGUCACCACCUUCGUCGUUGUCAACUGUUUUAGAAGCUGCAAAGAUGUUCUCUGCUCAGAACAAGAUCCACAAGGAUAAGGGUGUUGCACCAACUGAGUUUGAGGAGAGAGUCGCUCAGGCUUUCUUUGAUUUGGAGAACACCAACCAGGAGUUGAAAAGUGACUUGAAAGAUCUCUACAUCAACCAAGCUGUUUCAAUGGAUAUUGCUGGCAACCGCAAGGCUGUUGUGAUCUACGUUCCAUUCAGAUUGAGGAAAGCUUUCCGCAAGAUUCAUUCUCGUCUUGUCAGAGAGCUCGAGAAGAAGUUCAGUGGUAACGAUGUUAUCUUUGUUGCCACCAGAAGAAUCAUGCGUCCCCCUAAGAAAGGCUCUGCUGUUCAGAGACCACGCAACAGGACUCUCACUUCCGUCCAUGAAGCCAUGCUUGAGGAUGUCGCUUACCCUGCUGAGAUUGUUGGCAAGCGUACCAGAUACCGUGUUGAUGGCACCAAGAUCAUGAAGGUCUAUUUGGAGCCUAAGGAGAGGAACAACACUGAGUACAAGCUUGAGACAAUGGUUGGUGUUUACAGGAAACUUACUGGGAGAGAUGUAGUUUUCGAGUACCCAGUCGCUGAAGCUUGAAGAGGAGAUAAAAUGUUGGUUUAAUUCUUCUUUUUUGUCGGAUAGUUUUGGUACUGUUUGGGUGUAAAACUCUUUUGGAAAGAUUUUCUUGUUUAAGUUGCUUCACACUCUUCCUAAAAUUUACCUUUAAUAAGACCUUUCCUCUGUUCAUCAAACAUUCAC